AUGGCGGACACGGCGGUCGGAGUUGCAGAGCUUGAGGGUGGCGCGGCCGGAGUAGUGAGAUUAGAAGAAAGCCCGAAGCGAAGUGAAGGAAAAUCGUCGGCUAUUCGGGCCGCUAAACGAAGGCCGACGGAGGCUGACGAGACCUCCGGCGAGGUGAAAAAGGCCAACUGCUGCUCAUUUCUCUGUGGCGCCGACCGAACAAGGGCAGAAGGGAGAAACACACCGGCGAAGGGCCGCUGGUGUGACGACGAUCGAUUUAAGGCUGCGAUAGGGAGGGAUUGGGUCUGCUCGAAGAACGUCCAAUCUUCCUCGUCGCCACUCGAACAAGUCGCUGCUCGCAGCUUCUCUCUCUCUCUCCGUGACCGGACGACGAUGGUGGAGAAGACGAUUGAAGGGUUGGGAUUAUUUGAGCGAUUUGAGCGAAAAUUUGAUCGGUGGAACAAAAGGUGUAAUCUGCUGAGAUCGAUUUGCGGCGAGUUUGGGUGA